AUGUUGAGGACCUGGAGUGUCGGCAAGUGGUUGUGUGCCAAUCGAAAUUCCGCGCGAUGUGUCGCGUCUCUCGCCGUGCCGACGGAAUCCCAGCCGGUGUACAAACCCGUGCAAUUCCUCACCGACGAAACGAAUCCUGUGAAACAUGGAGAUAAUCACUUGGGAAUGUUCUAUCGGAUGCCGGAUCAAGAUUUCGAGAGGUUGUUUUCAGUUUAUCAAAUGUGCAUGCCGAGGUACUUGGAGCAGUCCAAGGCUCUGGGUGGUACUUUUGUCAUGGUGCGACGACCAGCUGUUGAAAUUAUUCAGCGACUGGAAAAAACUGACCUUUCUCGUCCAGCAAUUCGAUACAUGUUGUAUGGUCGUUAUGGAGCCGGGAAGAAGUUGACAAUGACGCAUGUUCUGCAUUAUGCUUAUACGAGCAACUGGGUCGUUGUGAAUGUACCUCAUCCUCGUCAUUGGUUCAAGUACCGGAUGGAAUUCAACCCGUCGGCGUCGGACGAAACCCUGCUCGACAUACCUUUCAUUGGCGCCAAACUCCUGGCCCACUUCAAAUCCCAGAACCUUUCGCAUUUUUCAACUCUCCGAACCACGAAGCCGCACGAAAUCACGAAACGGCAAGUUAUUCCCGAAGGUGCCCCGCUGAUGGAACUAGUUGAUCUCGGAAUACAAAGAGUGAAGCACUCGAAUGUCGUCGUGAAUACCCUGUUGGGCGAGUUAAAAACGCUGGCAACGAAGGGCGAGUGCAAAGUUAUGGUCCUCAUCGGCGGCGUCAACUUCUUUUUUCAAGGAACUAAUCACAGAAAGCCGGAUCGUUCUUUGUACGAUGUGUGGGAUUUCUCGCUUGCCAGGUCUCUGUUUUCAAUGGUCCAGAGCGAUUGGAAUGGUGGAGCAAUCGUCAGUUCACUGUGUGUUUCUUCAAAUUCUCUGAACCACCGAGAAAGCCAUUAUCCGCGUUAUCUCCUCGGGAGAGACGGGUUCGAGAAAUUGGAUCCUUUUCUCCCUGUGCGGGUUGACAAUUACUCGGAGCAGGAGUUUGAAAGCUGUAUGGAUUUUUACAUAAACAAAAAGUGGCUCGUGAAACCCGCGGCGAAAACGCCGAUUGGACGCAAAGAAUUAGCCUUUGUUUCUGCAUAUAAUCCUUUGGCUUUGAACGAGAUUAGCGAAGGGAUUUGAAGUGUGAUUAAAUAGAUUACAUUGCUUUUCUUCA